AUUUUCCAGAGGAGAAGAGCUGCAGUUACUCCACAACCUCUCUCAGGCAGCAGGAUGGAGAAGCGCCGGAGGAUGGUGGCCACUGUCCUGCUGUGUGUGCUGGCCGUGGGGAUGGGGCUGGCUCAGCACUGGUCCUACGGCCUCCAGCCAGGGGGCAAGAGGAGCGCCCAGCUCCUGCUGGGACCAUUCCAGGAGAUUGCAAAUGAAAUGGAGAAAUUAGAGGAGGAGCAGCAGAGCGCGUGCCCAGGCUCGCACCAGAAUUCCAGGAGUGGGGCUCUGAGGGAAGCCAUGGAGAGGCUGCUGGAGGAACAAGGCAGAAGAAAGAACGUUUAAAAAUUUCCGAAGUGAAAUGGAGCCACAGAGCCAGAGUGAGGUUUCAAAACUGUGUUAAAAUAAAUUCCUCCUCAAAUGGUCUUUGCUUGGAUCAAUAUGUGAAUAAAUACUCUGAAAUGGCA